UUGUCGAAAUAAAUUUAAAAUGUCGAUGAUGUCUGCCAGGAGAGAAUUUAAGAAGAAGUAUAAAAUGGAUCUGAAGAACCUCAAACAUCAAAAGAAGACCAGGAGUUCCUCCCAAAUCCACAAGAGGCAUUAUAGUCUGAAAAGUCUGAAAUACGUGAAAUAGAGUCAAUACGAGUGACAAGGAUGAUAGUAAUCUGAUAUAUAGCCUAGAAGGGUUUGAGUCGAAAAUGAGCAAGCAUCAAUCAGAAGUUGUAAGAUCUGAAAGAUCUGAAGCGAUUAUUAAUGCUAAGAGGGAAAUUAAAUACAUUCAUGACUAUUUUUCUAAAGUAGUACGCUCAGGGUAUGGAAACAGAAAUGUAGAAGUACAUAAAAAGGAAAUUGCAACAGCUUUUAAUCAAUUUUGGAGACCAAAAUCAAGCCAGCAAAUAGAUAACUCUGACAAAGAAACAAUACAGGACAAAAAGAUCCAUGUCCGCUUCCAAGUCCCCGACAGCGAAGAAGAUAACUCAGAUCUUGACAGAUCAUCCUCACACCAAAUCUCAACUUCCCAAUCUUUCCACGCCCAAGAAUUCCAUAGUAAGUUAAUCAAGUCCCCUUCUUGCACAUAAAACUCCAUUAUCAAAGCAUAAUUCUUUCGUAAUCAGCUCCCUUUGAGUCCAAAUUUCUCGAU